AUGUACAUCCCCAGACAGCAAUUUCUCACCGAGGCCGACGUUUGGCCUCAGCACACCGAGAGCGUCCUCCGAACCAAUGACUCAGUCGCUUCCUACCCUGGAAUGCCCGCCGACUUCCAGCCUCCCUACAGAAACAAUCCGGAUAUCCACAGUAUCGCGGUCUUUAUACAAAUCACAUGGAUGCUGUGGUUCGUGUUGAUACUGUUGAUGAUGUGUCGCGCUCUUUACGACAGAUUCGGCGGCGGCGAAGAGGAAAACUCGGACGCAGAAUCAGAGAUCUCCGAGGCUGGCUGGCGCAUCGAGGACGCCAGCCUCCCGGCUAGAUCAGUGGCCUCGCAGCAUCGGAAGAGCACUGCUAUCUGUUUGGAAUCUCUCGAAGAAACGGAUAUGAUCCGCGAACUUCGGUGUGGUCACGUCUACCACGCCAAUUGCCUCAACCUUUGGGUUGAACGGGGUCAUCACGACUGCCCUUUGUGCAAGUACGACAUGCUGGGUUUGAUGAAAAACUUUCUGAAACCCCAUCCCGAUGAGGAAUCCGCGGGCAUCGUUCCUGCUCAAGAAGCUGGACAACCCUCUGGAGAAGUUCAUACCCAUCACGCCACUGACAUUGAAGAAGCUGUGGUUGAGACAAACGGCUGA